AUGUAUUCAUAUGAUCAUUCUCAAUUGUAUUUAAAGAAAGAAAUUGAUGAAUUAGAGUUUGAAUUGAAGGAAUUUGAUCGCAUGGAGAUGCAAUUUAAUCAAAAGGCUAAUCGUUUGCAAUAUCAAGUUGAUUCCAUGGAAGCUAAAUUAGAAAACUUGGGUUGUGAUAUUCUCCAUGUUGAAAUGGUGGUCUCUCAUCUCAAGAAUGAAUUCAGAUAUGCCAAAACAAAUGAAAUUAUUGAUUCAUUGAGAUAUAGACUUGAUGCUCAAGGUUAUCAUUUACAAAAUUUGAAAGAGUCAAAGGAAUAUUUGGCUAUGGAUAUUCACGAUAAGUUGCGUGAAAUUGAUAGUGUAACAUUGGAUUUUAUUGAUGAUCUUGAAAGAAAUUUGGAUGGAAAGAUUUCAUUCUUUAGAUAUUAUUAUCCAACAAUUAUGAGAAGUAUGCUCAUCACUUGUUUGAUUGGAUUUAUUGCUUCCUAUUUGUAUCAUGCUGUUGGUGUCUCAAUUGAGCUGAGACUUGGAGGAGAUGAUGAUGAAGAAGAAGGAGGUGAGGAUGGAGAAAAAGAAGAAGCUGAUUAA